AUGGCGGAAUUGAUUCGAGAACGCGAUGAGGUUCAGCAACAGUUGCAUGAGGUGGAACAAGGCCGCGAAGAGUCUACACCUGCACCAGCUUCGAGCGGGAAGAAGAGCUCCAAGCUCCCCGAUGGGAAGCGGCUCAUUGACGGGAAAGAUCCUAAAUUCGAGUCAUGCAUGUGUGAAGGUGAAGCAGCGGAGCACCUACUUCCACGCUUCCGUAAGGACUCGCCGCAACGGUACCGCGACGUCGACGAUAUCAUCGAACACCUCAAGACUAUUUACCAUGAUGCGAACCGUGUCACCUCCGCGAAGCGUGCUUUCCGUCGCCUCUAUAUGAACGACACCAAGUUCCAGGUCUUCCUCUCAAAGUUCGUACUGAAUGCACAGGAAUCAGAGUUACCAGCCACUCAGUGGAAAGAUAAGUUAUACGAGCGGCUGUCUCCAGAGAUGCAGAAGCAGCUAGUCAAAGAGAGUUACGACGACACCCUAAGUUACCAGAACUUCAUGCGCGAGUGCCACCAGACUGCGAACCGCCUAGAGAUGAUCGCUGAGAACGAAAAGCGCGUGCCGAAAGGUCGUGGAAGUCAAAGUAAUAACCGCGACGGAGCUGGCAAGGACAACAAAAAGGAUAUAGCUGAGAAGCCGAAAGACGACAAGGCCAAGCCAAAGAUUCCAUGGUCUGAGAAAGUGAAGCUUCGUGCUGAAGGAAGAUGCUUCAUCUGCAAGAUGCCAGGCCAUAUAGCAAAUAACUGCGAAUUCCGUAACAAAGAGGGCACUCCUGAUCUUAAAACUCUGGAACCUGCAAAGAAGGCAACUGAGGUUGACACCUCCGAGUCGGAAAACGACAACACCUAA